AUGGUGCUGGCGGAGAAGGUCAUGAAAGCCGAGAUCGGUGGAAGAUCAAUGUUCAUUGACCCGCCCCUGCGUCCACUCCGCCGCGCCCGCGCGGCGGCGCCGCCGCCGAUGGAUCCGUCGAACUCCAACGACGUCGUCCUCCUCAUGCCGCCCGACCAACCCCAACUACAACCUCAGCAGCAGCAGCCGAAGGCCACGGCAGAGGCGCCCCAAACGCCCCCAAACCCCGAGAAGCCGCCGCAGGCCUCGAGCCCCCAUCGCCCGCCUCUCGCGAACCCCGACAAGCCGUCCCAGGCCUCCAGUCCCAGGCGCCCGCCUCUACCCCCUGCCUCAGCCGCGCUCCUCCGCCGUUCCUCCAUCGCCAAGCCCAAAUCCCGCUUCGUCGAGCCGCCGACACCUUCUGCUCGCCCCUCCUCUUCCCAACCCUCCCCCGCGCAUCCAGCCUCCAUCCAGACCCCUCGCCCCGCCUCGACCCCCGCAGACGCCGAUGACGAUGAUGACAUCUUCCGCAAGGACAGCGCCCCGACCCACGCGUCCGCGGCCAAGUGCCGCCGCAGGGCCUGCCUCUCGCUCGAGCUCGCCGUGCUCGUCGUCUUCCUCGCUCUGCUCGUCGUCAGCCUCGUGGCGCGCCAGCUCAAGGGCCGCUUCAUCUGGGGGCUGGAGAUCUGGAAGUGGUGCGUCAUGGUCACCACCGUCUUCUCUGGCCAUCUCGUCAGCCGUUGGCUCAUCGCCUUCAUCGUCUUCAUCAUCGAGCGCAACUUCCUGCUCCGUAACAAGGUGCUCUACUUCGUCUUCGGGCUUAAAAGGAGCGUCCAGGCCUGUAUUUGGAUCGGGCUCGUGCUCCUCGCCUGGUCACUGCUCUUCGACCGCGACCACGGCCGCACGCCAAAGACGGCCAGGCUCCUCAACUACGUCUCCAGGUUCCUCGCCUCCGUGCUCAUCGCGUCGAUUAUCUGGCUGAUCCAGACGUUUAUCAUGAAGUCGAUUGCGUCCACGUUCCACCGAAAGGCCUUCUUCGAUCGGAUCCAGGAGAGCCUGUUCCACCAGUAUGUGCUGCAGACUCUGUCAGGCCUUCCAUUGAUGGAUCUGGCAGAGAACAUUGGGCGGGAGCCAAGUGGGCGGAUGAGCUUAAGCAGGGGCAAGGAGGAGAAAGGGACACCCGACGUGAUCGAUGUUGCGAAACUGAGGACCAUGAACCAAGAUAAGAUCUCAGCUUGGACCAUGAAAGGGCUCGUCUCGGCUAUCCGAAGCUCUAAGCUUUCAACAAUAUCUCAAAGUAUUGAGAGCUUUCACGACUUUGAUGACACAGAGCAAAAGGAUACGGAGAUAAAUAGUGAGUGGGAGGCAAAGGUAGCGGCAAAGGCCAUUUUUAAAAAUGUUGCAAGCCCUGGCUGCAAGCACAUUAAGGAGCUAGAUUUGCUGAAAUUUUUUAGCAAGGAGGAGGUGGCCUUGAUGCUUCCAAUGUUUGAAGGGGCAUCAGAGACGGGGAACAUAAAAAAGUCCGCUCUGAAAACAUGGGUGGUUAAAGCAUAUCUCGACCGCAAAUCACUAGCACAUUCCCUGAACGACACAAAAACUGCAGUUAGCCAACUUCACAACCUCAUGAGAGUUCUGGUUAUUGUUAUAAUCAGCAUUAUCACUCUGUUGUUGAUGGGCAUUGCGACAACCAAGGUCCUUGUUGUCAUUUCGUCCCAGCUUCUAGUUGUGGUAUUCAUAUUUGGAAAUGCCUGCAAGACUGUAUUUGAGGCCAUUAUAUUUGUAUUUAUUAUGCAUCCGUUUGAUGUUGGUGACCGCUGUGUCAUUGAUGGAAUUCAGAUGACUGUUGAAGAAAUGAAUAUAUUGACCACUGUUCUGUUGAAGAAUGACAAUGAGAAGGUGUAUUAUCCAAACUCUGUGCUGUCAACAAAGCCAAUCAGCAAUUUUUACCGAAGCCCUAACAUGUUUGACACCGUCGACUUUGCUAUUGACGUUUCAACUUCAGUCGCGAGCAUUGGAGCUCUGAAAUCCAGAAUUAAAGGGUACUUAGAGAGCAAACCAACACACUGGCAGCCUAUCCACACAGUAACCUUGAAGAACAUCUUGGACGUGAACAAGAUCAACAUGUCCUUGUUUGCACAGCACACGAUGAACUUCCAGGAUAUCCGGGAAAAGAACAUCAGGAGAUCUGAGCUUGUCAUGGAGCUGAAGAAAAUAUUCGAGGAGCUGUCCAUUACCUACUACCUUCUGCCUCAAAAAGUCGAGCUUAGCUAUGCUGGCCCAAACCCGUUGCCUAUAUCUGUUUCCCAGGGCAGAUAGAACGUCUGGAGAUUAACAUCAGAUGAUCGUUCCAGACUUCCCGGGAGACCACACAGUUUGACAACUGAUGGUUUGUUUGGUAGUAUUUACUGGAGCUUUUUCCUUCUGUGUACAUACUCUGCUCGUGUGGUUUAAUUUGUGCUGGGUAAUGAAUGUGUCAGGAAUCAGGAUAAGCAGCAUAUAAACUGAACUGAGAUUUUGGGCUAGCUAUUGCUUUCUUUGUUUAAUAAAAUCUGGCUGUUAGACAA